GUCCCAGCAAUUCGGAGGGCUAAAGGAAAGGGAGGGGCAGGGUGCCGUCCGCUGUGCAUCCUGGGAACUGUAGUCGCCGAGAGGGAGAAGGCGAAGGAGAUGAACGGUGGGGCUAUAGUGUCGGCCUCUGGCUGCAGCGGCUAACCGAUGUCGGCGGAGUUUAGGCUUUCAAUGAGUAUUUAAUGGAAGAUGUCAUCUGGGCUGACAGAAGAACAGAAAAAGAGGAUUGAGGAGAACAGGCAGAAGGCUUUGGCAAGGAGAGCAGAGCGACUGGCAGCUCAACAGGGUAGUGUUGCUAAGAAGUUGCCUGACUGCAACAGUCUUAAAAGCUGCCAGGGAAAUUUGCAGCAACCUUUGAAGAGAGAAAACUAUCAUCCUAGGCUUGGAAGUCAUCACCUCAAGGACUCGAGCAACCAUGGUGUACGGAAGAGCCUUCAAAUGGAGAGUAGUCACUGGAGCCCGCCCCAAGCAGAAGCCAUGUUGCAUAGUGUGCAACAGAAGAAUUAUCCAGAGGACUCCAGUCAAGAUUUAGUUACGCAUCCAAGCUGCACUAAAUGGUCCUUAUCAGCGAUGCCGGAUUCCUUGAGUUACCCUCAUUCACAUUCCUCAGAUCUGCCUUCUCAAGAACAAAGUCAGCCAUUUUCUCAUUCUGAUUUGUUACAUCCACCUAAAUAUUGUGCAGCAGCCCAAAACCUUGCGGAACAGUGUCAUUCUAGGCUUGGUGGUAAUGGAGACUCUGCGAGUACCAACGAUCUGCAAACCCUGAAUGAAUCCACCAAUGGGUGUGAUGGUGCCGCCACCAGGAGUACAGGUGGUUGUGAAAAGCUGGGAACUGCUAGAAAUCUAGACUCUGAAAAGGAAGGCAGUAGCUUAUUGCAGUUCUAUGGUAUGAAAAAUCCUUUGGGGGCCAGAGGACAGAACUCAGUAGCCGCUGGGAUUGCAAGAAACUUGCAGACCACACCUGUUCAGCGAAAAACACACGGCAUCCUCAAAGGGAAAUGUGUGAAGCACUCUGAAGACAGGUUCCAGAUUAACAUAGGGUACAAUGCGGAGCUUAUUGAAAUGUUCAGAAACUUACCAAGCAAAAAAUACGAUCCUGCAACAAAGAUGUGGAAUUUCAGUCUAGAAGACUACAGCCAACUCAUGGAAGCAGUGGAGCAAAUUCCCUCUGUUACUUUGUCACCCUUGGACGGAAUGGAAGCAGCCACCAAGACCUGUCUGCCAUCUUCCGUUUGUAAGGGUCCUCACUUGAGAUCCCUCUUGCAGACAUGCUGUGGUUGGAAGAAACCAUCAGCCUCCGUCAGGGGGAAAUGUAUACUGAUAUCCUGUUCUCGGUUCGAAGUAGAUAUUGGCUAUGCUGCUAGCCUUAUAGCAGUGUUCAAGCAGAUGAAUUCUAGAAAUUAUGACAUGAAGACUAGAAAAUGGAGUUUCCUCCUGGAGGACUACCUCAAUCUAAUCGAAUUGGUAAAAAGCCUUCCAGAUGUGGAGGUAGAGCCACUUCCCAAGCCGAUAAUAGAGACCUUUGCUGCUCAGUUCGAGAAGUCCUUUCUAAAAACCGCGGACAUCCCUGAAGCAGAUCUUUCAGGCGUGGAUCCAAAAGUUGUGGCGAGCCUGAUGCCAUUUCAGAGAGAAGGUGUGAAUUUUGCCAUUUCCCGAGAAGGCCGCUUGCUCCUUGCUGACGACAUGGGCUUAGGGAAAACUAUCCAGGCAAUCUGCAUUGCUGCAUAUUAUCGAAAAGAAUGGCCGCUGCUGGUGAUAGCCCCGUCUUCUGUGAGAUUUACGUGGGCAGAGGCUUUCUGCAGGUGGCUUCCUUCCUUAAGUCCUGAUAGCAUCAGCGUCAUAGCAACAAGCAAGGACUGUCUGUUGGCAAGACUGAUAAACGUUGUCAGUUUUGACCUCCUCAGCAAGAUGGAGAAGCGGCUCCGGGCCACUGUGCGAGUUGUGAUUGUUGAUGAAUCCCAUUUUCUUAAGAAUGUCAAAACUGCUCGUUGCCAAGCUGCAUUGCCUCUUCUGAAGGCGGCCAAGCGAGUCAUCUUGCUGUCGGGAACACCCGCCAUGUCACGCCCUGCAGAGCUGUAUACUCAGGUAGCAGCUGUCCGACCAUCCUUCUUCCCACAGUUCCAAGCCUUUGCACUCCGCUACUGUGAUGCUAAGAAGAGGCCGUGGGGAUGGGAUUAUUCCGGAUCGUCCAAUCUUGGUGAGCUGAAGCUUUUGCUGGAAGAAUCCAUCAUGAUUCGCCGCCUGAAGUCAGAAGUGCUUUCCCAGCUCCCCGCGAAGCAGCGCAGAGUGGUGCUCGUGGCACCGGAAGGCAUGAAUUCAAGGACCAAGGCUGAAUUGGCAGCAGCUGUAAAGCAAAUGACCAGGGGCUACAAGACUAAACAAGAAGAGAAGGAAGCCCUCAUUCUCUUUUAUAACAGGACUGCGGAAGCCAAAAUCCGCUCAAUCAUAGAAUACAUCCUAGAUUUAUUGGAAAGUGGAAGAGAGAAAUUUCUGGUGUUUGCUCAUCACAAACUAAUUCUGGAUGCAAUUAGUGAGGAGCUGCAUAAAAAGCACGUUGGGUACAUUCGCAUUGACGGCUCUACAUCCUCAGCUGAUCGUCAGUCUCUGUGCCAAGAUUUCCAGUUCUCUGAGAAGUAUGCUGUGGCCAUCCUCUCCCUAACAGCAGCUAACAUGGGACUCACUUUCUCCUCUGCCGAUCUGGUUGUGUUUGCAGAGCUGUUCUGGAACCCUGGGAUUUUGAUACAAGCAGAAGAUCGGGCACAUCGAAUUGGGCAAACAAGCUCUGUUUCUAUCCAUUACCUGGUAGCAAAAGGCACAGCUGAUGACUACUUAUGGCCUAUGAUUCAAGAGAAAAUCAAAGUAUUGGGUGAAGCUGGCCUUUCCGAAGCUAAUUUCUCUGAGACAGCUGAAGCCACAGAUUAUUCCUACAAGCAUAAUCCAAAACAGCAGACCAUAUUAAACCUUUUCCAGAGGAACUUCUCAGAAGAUGCAGACGGCAUGGAUGAAGUCCUGCUUGUAGAAGCAAUGGAAGAUUCACAAAACUCUGAGCCACAGCCUUCCUCGGGGAAAGUAGAAGAGUUCUUCCCAUCAAGCCCAUGCAAGCAACGUCGAAUCGAUGAUUAUUUUUGCAGCCAGUAAUGUGCUAGCAGAACUUUUGUUUAGUGCUUUAAGAGAUUGGUAUUCAAAUGGAGGGGAAAAAAUCCUCGUUGGAUAAGAUAAUAGCUAUCAUUUUAAAAUUCCAUUCACAUCUGAUUGAUUUAUUUAUUUAACGCACCUUUCUCACUUGGACUGGAGAUGGAUUACACUGAGCGAGUCAAUACACCUGUGAUCACGGCACACGGUCGAGGGAACCUGGUCUCGCCGGUUCUUUCAGACGCAGCCCAAGCCUGCCCAUCGCUGCUUGUACGCAUGCUCCACUGUGCCGAAUGAAACUUAUUCUUAGGUAAAUAAUUAUGCAUUGAAUGGCAAGCAAAAAUGCAUUUUAUUUCAUUCUUGAAAAGAUCUGUGCCUCCCACUGCCCCAUCCCUGAACAGCAUCUGUGGGAUUCCCCUUGAUGCUCCCCAGAUAUAGCCCAUCUCUUAGCCUGGAUUGGAACUGGGUUUGGGAAUUGUUCCCUUUUCAUGUUGCAGAAAGUGGGGUUGAACCCUUGACAGGAGGAGGACGGCUGUGACUUGUGCAGAAUGGUGGGGUGAGGGCUGGGAACUUGUGGGAAUGGAGGGUGCCCUGUCUCAGCUUUUCCUGUUCCUGCCCGCCUCUUGGGAGAUCUGGAAUUCACCUACAUGGGUCUAGGAGAGGGGAGGGUAAAUCCUAGGGCAGGAGAAGUGUUAGGGUAAUAGAGAAUUUCAUUUAACACUACCUAGAAGAAAUUCCUCCUCAUUUCAGUAAUGUCUAAUAUCCCCAGUUAUAGUUGCUGCUGAAUAUAGAGACUGGGGAAAGAAUUACCCUACAUACAAAUAUCCUGGGAAGUAAUUUUAAGAAGCAAUUUAUUGGUUCUGGAAGAAGGGGCAUCUACACUAUGUCAAGGGGGAGGGGGUAUUGGUUUUACUUAGACUGCUUUGAUAAUGAAUACAGGAAGAGAGUAUUGUAUAUCGUAUGUUUAAAUGGUCUGCGUCUGAUGUAUGCCUAUACUAUACAACUAUAAAUAAUUUAAAAAACAAAAA